AUGGAGUUUUGUAUGAAAAAAAAAAAAAAAAAAAAAGAGAGAUAAAAUUCGCACUAAACACAUUAUUGAUGGAGAAAAUCUUAUAAUAAAACUCAUAAUAUUUAGUCAAUUGAGAUCGGAUUUGUUGGUAAAUCAUUCAUAUUUAUGAUUAAAAGAUUAUUGGUUCUAAAUACCGAUAUAGGAAAAUCAGAAAAUAUUGUUAAAUAAAAAAUUUUAAAAAUAAAAGCACAGCCUUGCUGAUACUUGUACAGGGUCAUGCUAUCGCUACAAAAUCCGUCAUUAUAUGCUAGAAUGAAACAGACAAAAAAUGGGGGAGUUGCAUUCGAAAAUAUGAAUAAGACAUACAGAGUAACCAAUAUGCAAGAAUUUUGUCAUGUGGGUAAAUGUUUAAUCCAAAGGUAUGAAUCUUCCAAAGAUUGUACUUAUAAAGGGUUGGUUAUAACUAAGCAGAGAACCAAGUGAAGACACACCAGGAAGCAACACGAAAAUUUCAUUUCAUUUGGAAAUUCUCCAAUAUCUCCCUCCAUAAACUUGCAUAGUAUUCUCAUUUCUAAUUCUGGUUCCUUCCUUCCCCUUUCUUUCUCUUCACUGAUCCUUUUUUUUAUCUGAAUUCUUCCUUAGUCCUUUCCAAUGGCGUCCUUGGAAGGAAUCAUUUUCGAAGCUAGUGCAUAUGCAACCACCUUCAUAAUUUUCAAUUUCUCCACACUGAGAAAUUUCCACCGAAAUAUCAAAUCUCUGCAUGAUGAAAUACAAAAACUUAGUCGGCAGAAGAAGGAUAUAAAAGAAAAUAUUGAUAUAGCAAGAAUGGAAGGGAAGUCUCCCACUGCACGAGUUAUUGGAUGGCUUGAAAGGGUUGAAACGAUCGAAUGUCAAGUCCAGAAGAUUCUGGAGGCGGGUCAGAUCGAUGGCUGCAUCUUGUUCUCCAAGUACAAACUUAGUAGAAGAGCAGAGAAGAAGUGCAAUGAGGUGAAACAUCUCAUAAAUUCAUGCAGUUUCUCCAUGGUAACAGCCAACAGGAAAUAUCCUAUCAAACCGGUUGAGAGAUUGCCAGCACCAUUGCUUGCUGGUCAUAAAGCUGAGGAAAUGUUGGAGCAGUUAAUGAAGUUUUUGAACGACGAGCAGAUCACCAGGGUUGCCAUCUGGGGGAUGGGAGGAGUAGGGAAGACUACACUGGCGAUGAACUUGAACAACAAGCUCGAGUGUUCUUCAAUGGAAGAACCAUUUGAUGUGGUCAUAUGGAUCACGGUGUCAAAGGACUUGAAUUUGAGAAGGAUUCAAUCUGAAAUUGCAUGCAGAUUGAAUUUAGAAUUGGAUGCUGAAGAGAGCACAGAGCGGAGAGCUUACAUACUGCGCAAUCGCUUGUCCUCAAGCAAGAAGGUGCUGCUCAUCCUGGAUGAUCUUUGGGAGAAAAUUGAUCUGAAUAUCUUGGGGACUCCACAAGGUGAAGGCCAAGCGAACUGCAAGGUUGUGCUUACAACUAGGCUCCUUGAUGUCUGCCGGGAGAUGAUGACCUCUGUGGAUUUCAAGGUAGAUGUUCUUGGAGAAGAAGAGGCAUGGGAAUUGUUUGCAGAAUAUGCAGGAGAUGUAGUGGAGUUGGAAAAUAUAAAUCCUCUGGCAAGAGCAAUUGCUAGAGAGUGCUCUGGUUUACCAUUGGCAAUCAAAACCAUGGGGAAGUCCAUGUGCAGAAAGAAAAUGAUUCAGCUAUGGAAGAACACACUGCACCAGUUAAAACGCUCAACACUGCAUUCUGGGGAUAUCGAGAAGGAGGUCUAUCGGCCUUUGAAGUUGAGUUAUAGCUCACUGCCAAAGAUUGCUCAGUGGUGCUUCUUGUACUGUUCUUUAUACCCAGAAAACUUCUCAAUGAAAGUAAGUGAACUGAUACAUUGCUGGACAGCUGAUGGAUUAAUUGAUGAAAAUCAAACUCAGGAGGAAUCAUUCAAUAAUGGGAUUGCCCUAAUUGAAACUUUGAAGGAUUCAUGCAUGUUGGAAGAGGGUGAUGGCCUUGGUACAGUAAAGAUUCAUGGUGUGUUGAGGGAUGUAGCAAUAUGGAUAUCCUUGAAUGAAAAGGAAAGUGGGUUUUUCUGUAAACCAAGCAGCGGUUUGCAAGUACUGCCAGAAAAGCUCCAGAAUUCAUUCAAACGAGUAUCAUUUAUGAACAACAACAUAUCAAGGCUGCCUAGUCGGCUGCCGGGAUGCUUCAGUCUAUCUGUGCUGUUCCUCCAAGGUAAUCCUCUUGAAAAAAUUCCCAAUGGUUUCUUUCGUGAGGUUAGAACACUACGAGCCCUGAAUUUAAGCAGAACUCAUAUAACUACCCUGCCUCGUUCUGUUCUUCAGCUAGGAGAGCUACGUGCUCUCCUUUUGAGAGACUGCUGUUAUCUAGAAAUGCUACCCCAACUUGGAGUUCUUAAUAAACUCAGAGUGCUUGAUCUCCAAGGCACUCGGGUAAGAGAGCUACCGAGAGAAAUGGGAACGCUAACUAACCUUAGGGAAUUGAACUUGUCUCACACACAGCACUUAGAAAACAUAGAAGCGGGAAGUAUAUCAGGGUUAUCUAGUCUUGAGAUCUUAGACAUGUCCUUCAGUGCAUACAAGUGGGAUGUGAAACGUAAUGGAGGAGAAGGAGCAACAUUUGAUGAGUUACUGUCAUUGGAGAGACUUUCAGUUCUUCACAUAAGGCUGGACACAAUUGAUUGCCUUCCUUUAGACUCUGCUUGGUUGAUACGGCUCAAAGAAUUCAAUAUACGGAUCAGUCCAAGCAGAUGUGAUUCAAAUUGUCUACCAGCUAAGUAUGACGAGAAAAGGGUCAUCCUUAGAGGGGUUAACCUCUUGGAAAUUGGCCUUGAGGGGUUAUAUUCCAAUGCAAGCGCCUUAGAACUGGUAAUAUGUGGGGGAAUAUGCGGGUUAUCUGAUAUAGUUGGCAAGAGGAGUUUGUGUGGCAUGCCAAACUUGAAAUCACUCACAAUAUCAAAUUGUGAUUCCAUUACAAGUUUGCUAGACUGGGAAAGAUCUCUAAAGAGUACGUUACCAAAUUUAGAGCAUUUAACUCUUAGUCACCUUAAGAGCUUAAGCACCAUGUUGGAUGGGAUGGUACAAAGAGGGUGUCUUGGCAGGUUAAAAACUAUUGAAGUUGUGGGCUGCCCAAGACUCAAGAAGCUCAUAUCUUUUGCUUUGUUUCGUUUAGUCCAAAACCUUGAGGAGAUCAAGGUAAGGGAUUGUAGAAGGAUGUGGCAAAUUAUUGCAGCAAUAGACUCAUCUGAAAUGCUACCGAAGUUGAAAAUCAUAGAGCUCAGGGAUAUGGCCAGUUUGAGGAGUAUUUGUCAAAGGGCACUAGCAUGGCCAGUUUUGGAGAGUAUUGAGGUGAGCAACUGCCCCAAGUUACAGCAGCUCCCUCUGCUACCCUGCAAUGCAUCGACUAUAAAAGAAAUUAGAGGAGAUUUAAGAUGGUGGAACAAUCUUAAGUGGAAAGGUAGCAGAGACAGACUCAGUUUUCAGCAAAGGUUCCAAGCAUGUGCAGACACUACAAUUCUGGCAAGAGAAGCUGAUGGGUAAAAGAAUAGUUGCUAGUAUAUUUGUGUGUAUGUAAAUCUAUUACUUGUUAAUUGAAAUGAGAAUAUGCUGUCUAUAUAUGCUUAGAAUAGCCUAUAUCUUCUACUUCUUGACACCACUUCUGUUGUUUGCAGGCAUGAAUACAAGAAAAUACACAUAUAAAGGUGAGUGAUUUCGACUAGUUUCCCAAAUACGUCUUGGAUUGAGUUUCCUUGUUUGAGCAUGUACUGUUAGUUGAUAUUUAAAUGCAUUGAUAACACUAAACUCCCCUUUAUUAGGGUGAUUAACUUUCGUAUUGAAAGAGGUUUUUUAUUUUUUUAUUAUUUUUUAUUGUUGGGAACAGGGGCAAGGAAACGAGGGAAAUCUAUUCCAACAACAGUUUUUGGACUUGUGGUGUGCGACUAUGUUACCAUUUAUAUGGAUUUUCAACUUGUAAAAAGCUUGUAAUAUCGUCAUGGCAGUACAAACUUUUGCCACAUCAUUUGUGUGGUAAACAGAGAAUUAACCUAUAACUCCAUGGACAUCCAAGUGUUAAAAACACUACGAGCAAGCAUGUAAUAAGGAUUUGACCAUGGUUCUAUGUUUUGGCCUUUUUUUUGUUCAAUUUUUUUUCCCUUCUUUGUGUAUGUGUGGAAAAUUUGCAGUUAAUAUUAACCCUCCUAUCUCUAUAUUUCUUAUAUGUCAAGAAAUCCAGUUUCCUAAAAUAAAAGAAAAUUUUGUUAUUAUCAAUAACUAUUUUCAGAUAAUAAGCUAAUCAACACUCUAAUCCUCCAAAAUGAUGGAAAAUGACAUCCAUCUCAUCAAUUGGCGGAACAAAUUUGACAUGUGUGUGAAAAAGCCAUAGAGCAUAGCAAGACCAAAAAUGAGGGAGACAAAAAAUUUAAAAAAGAAAAAAGGAAAACAAAGUGACAAAGACAAUUCCCAUGAUUUUUAUUCCGCAUAGAAGUUUCAGAAUAUUCAUAUAUAAUACAGGAAUGUAUAAAAAUUGCUUAAUGU